AACCAAGUCUUUGUCCCAACUCAACUCUCAUGGUUAGAGUGGAAGCAUCAGCAACAAUUUGAGAAGGAACUAAUCACCUUGUUAAGAAUCAUUCCAAUUGGCGGUAUAUUCUGCAGUCCACUUUUCGAAGAUUUAGAGCAUAUGCUAUCCUUCCCCCUUCCUCAACUCCCAAAAGCAAAGAAAGGCAGGCCGUUGUCUCUGCCCGAACGCCGACUCCCUUCAUAUAAUUAGAGAGCAAGGGCGGAGAAGAACGCCGACUCCCUUCAUUUAAUUAGAAAAAGGGAAGAGAAAAGGCUCCAAUUCCUCUCUCUCUCUCUCUCUCUCUCUCUCUCUCCCCCCUCUCGCUUCGUUUCGCCUUGGAAAACCCUCUCCUUUCCUUCUCUCGCGGUCUCGAUCCCUCUCUACGUCUUCUCGGCUUCGUUCCCGUUUAUCUUUCUCGGAGGAACGGAAGAGAGAUCAAUAGAGGGGCGGAAGAGUUCGAGGAAGUUUAGCUGAGAGGAACGAAGAAGGGAGAAGAGGAUAGGAGAUGGAGGACGGCAGGAUUUCUCUUUCUCCGCCUUCUACCUCCUCCUCCGCCGCAAAUUCAAACUUUCUUCAGAACUAUCCUCUCAUCUCGGCUCUCCUGGCCUUUGCCAUCGCCCAGUCUACCAAGUUUUUUGUCACCUGGUACAAGGAAAAACGUUGGGAUGCAAAGCAACUUAUUGGAUCUGGUGGCAUGCCAUCAUCUCAUUCUGCUACAGUGACAGCACUUGCUGUUGCUAUUGGAAUUAAAGAUGGCUUUGGUAGUUCCACAUUUGCUGUAGCAGCAAUAUUUGCAAUUGUGGUAAUGUAUGAUGCUUUUGGUGUUCGAUUACAUGCCGGAAGGCAGGCAGAGGUGUUGAAUCAAAUUGUAAUUGAACUUCCAGCAGAACAUCCUCUUUCUGACACAAGGCCGCUGCGUGAGCUUCUUGGCCAUACCCCAGCUCAGGUUGUUGCUGGUGCCAUCUUGGGGUUUGUUAUUGCCAUCGUUGGGUGCUUGAUCAACAAAGUUACCAGUUAAACUUGGAUGUUCAUGAUGACAAAUGCAACACGGCUUCAAACUCGCAUUGCUGAUCAUUGUAGCAUAAGAAAGUUUAAUCCAGACUUGAGAUCCAAAAUAGUUUCUGGGAUGCAAAUAUUGUAACCAUAUUAUAGUAGUGUGAAUGACAUCAGAUAUUUGGUUUGUGAUUAGACUUGUUUUCAUUUGGUGCUGCUUCACGUUGACGUAGUGUAACCAUUUAAUAAUCCAUUCUUUCUGUGACUGGACUAUGUCAAACUAUGGGUUUGCUUGAAGUUUCAGAUAAUAUUCAUGCAAAUUAGUUUCUUGGGUA